UGUUACGCUUUAAUUUCAAAACAUGGUUGUGUUGGACUUUAUGAUGGCAACAUGAACUUUUUAUUAUCUUAUACUAUUAUUAUGAAUAGAGAAGACGUAGAUAAAUCCGAUGAUGAACGCCGGAGGAAAAAGAAUCGUUGGAUUACUGACGCAGUUUUUGCACCAAACCGCCAAAUGUUUAUUAUUACCAACAGCACAAGAAGUAUAACAAUUUACGAUGCUUCAAAUUUACAUCAUAUUCCAUUAUGGUUAAUAAUUGGAUGUCCUUCGAUUUUGACAAGUUUAUGUUUUUUGGAUAAAAAAGUUAAACCGAUUUUAUACUCAGGAAAUGAAUAUGGAGAAAUUAUAACGUUUGAAUUUCAUCAGAAAGAUGAUUUAUUUCGAAAAAAACACAGCGAUAAAAUGUCUUUGUUCUACUGGGGAGAGCUGAAAAAUGAAAAAGAAUCAGUUACGAUUAAAAAUUUGGGAAAAAUACAUCAAGGAGCUAUCAAUCACUUAAAAUAUUUUGAAAAUACUGAAUGUUUGUUAACUUGCAGUAAAGAUUCAAAAAAAUCUGGCGUUAAUUGCUGUUAUUUAAGCAAUAAACUAAAACAACUUAUAACAGGAAGUGAAGAUGGUAAAAUCCAUGUUUUUAAUAUCUUUGUAACAAAAAACCCCAUUCAAAUCAUAAAAUUGCAUAAAACUGGAAUUAUUGAUCUAAUCAUUUUAGAAUGUAAUAAUUAUUCAAUUAGUUGUUCAAGAGAUGGUUAUUUAAUCUUAAUGGAUUUAAAAGAAUUCGUCCCACUUCAAACUUUGUGUAUUCAAUUUCAAGCUUUUAAUGAAUUGGGUAAAAUAAUCGAAUGGGGUAAGAAUUCUUUAUGUCCUGGACCAAAAAGACAACAACCAAAAGAUAAUGAAUUAAAUUUAAACGAAAAUUAUGAUGUUUGGGAACGAACAAAUAUUUUAAUAACUUGUUGCAACAAUUUGGUUUCUUUGGAUUUACAUUUUUUAGAUGGCAAAAUUAGAAAUUUUGAUUCUUCAGUUUUACCACCCCCACCUUUACAAAAUAGCGUUUUAAUCCCGGUUCAUUGGAAAAUAUCUGAAGAAAAACGAGAGAUUAAGUGCGAAGUAAGUGAAUGGGAUGAGAACUUAUCUGAACAUAUAAAAUCUUUAGAAUUUAUUUUAAAUAAAGAUUUAAUUAAGCCUGAAGAUCGCAAUAACAUUAAUUUUAAAAUAUCUCAAUUAGAAGCAAAGAAAAAUCAGAUGAGAAGAGCUGUAGCUGAAGGAGCCCCUUAUUUAGCACUAGAUUUACCUAAUAUUUCAGAACUUCAACUUUCCCCCAAUUUACCAAUUCCAGAUCAAAAGAAAAUCCAGAGAAUAGUCCAAAAAUCUUAUCGUUUACUCUCAGCAGCAAGUCAACGUUCAAUAAUUUUUUCAUCUUCGUCACCAUCAUCUUCAAGUAGAUCAAAAAGUCGAAGUAGUAUAAUAGAAUUUGAUUAA